CUGCUGAACAGUGGGGCCCGCCUCCCAGGCCACUUGCCUCCUGGGGCAUGCUGGGACAGGCCAGGGGCUGGGAGCCCUUGAGCAGACAGAGACGCCUUGAAGGAUGUGGGCAGCUGAGGAGGAAGCCCCAGCUGGGCCUGACGGAGCAGGAGGCAAGUGGUGGGAGUCUCAGCGGGAAGGGCCCUGCGUGACCUCAGGAUCGUCCUCUGGUCUCCUUAGACACUCAUGGGCUCAGUUUGGAAACAGGCAGCGUCGGAGCAGGAGAGCUUCCUACUCGGAGCGAACCAUCUAACAGGGUGCCUGAUGUCCUCCUUCCCGAUGCCAGCUGACUCAGGAUGGAAAACUUCCAGUACAGCGUCCAGCUGAGUGACCGGGACUGGGCUGAGUUUGCCGCCACCGCUGACGAGUGUGGCCUCCUGCAGGCUGACCUGGCAUCUGGGGACGAGCCCUUGUCCAGUGAUAUUGACCAAGGGGACAGCAGUGGCAGCAGUCCCCCUGGUCCCCCGCCCCUCCUGACCUGGCAGCCAGUUCUGACGGGGAGGGGCCUGUGGUGCCCAGAGGAGGAGGAGGGCACAGGCACCCGGCGGCUGGUCAGCAGGUGUGAGCCUCUUCUGGCCCCGGGAGCUGGUCAGCAGACGCUGGUCACGUCCGCACAGUCCGGAGGCCAGCAGGCCCCCAGCUCCGGCACUGGCCCUCCUAGCCCCACGACGUCUCAGGGAUUCUCAGGGGGCGACAUGCAAAGGCUUCUGCAGGGCCCAGCCCCCCGAGGCCCUGUCCCUGGGCCCCCUGGGGAGCCCCCUCAGAGCCCUGGAGUGCCCCAGAAGCCCCCCAGCAGCCCUGGGGCCCUAAAGCAAAGCCCAAGCAGGAAGAAGAAGCGGGCAGCCUGCACCAAGGGUGGCGGGCACCCAGCCCCGCCAGACUCCCCACCGCCCUCCAAGGCCCGGAUUCCAGCCCUUGCUGCAGAGGCUGACCCUGGCACCCCAACUCCCGCUCCCCGGCGGGGUGCAGGCCGGGGGAGAACCACCCCCAAGGCGGAGCGGCAGCCCAUGUGCACCCCUGACUCUGAGCCCCCUUCCAAUGGGGCUCUGUCUGCCCCAGCCUCCCAGCCUCCCCCUGAUGGGGAUCUGUCUACACUGGAUUCUGAGUCGCUCCCUGAUGGAGUCUUGUCUGUUCCCAACUCUGAGCCCCCAGCCCACAGGGCUCCGUCUACACAGAAUUCCAAGUCUACAAUGGAUUCUGAGUCACCAGCUCACAGGACUCCAUCUACACGGGAUUCUGAGCCACCCCCGGAUGGGGCUUCGUCUCCUCCUGACUCUGAGCCCCCAGCCCACGGGGCUUUGUCUACACAGGAUUCUGAGCCACCCCCGGAUGGGGUCUCAUCUAUAAUCAACUCUGAGCCUCCACCUGAUGGGGCUUCGUCUCCUCCUGACUCUGAGCCCCCAUCCCCCAGGGCUCCAUCUACACAGGAUUCUGAGCUGCCCCCUGAUGGGGUCCUGUCUGUACCUGACUCUGAGCCUCCCCCUGAAGUAAGCGAGUCUUCACCCAAGUCCCAGCCUCCACCCACUGGGGCCACAUCCGCCCCUGUCUCCCACUCCCCACCGUUCUCCAGAGCCGGGCUUGUUGAGGAUCUGCCGACGCUGGUCCCAGAAGUCAAUCAACAGGUGGACCCAACUACACCUCUCUCAGCCCUGCCUGGCCCUGUUUCCCAGGACACCGCUGCGGUGGACAUGUGCACGCCUGUCCCCAGAGCCACCACGGCUGCCCCCUCCUGGACCUCCGUCCCUGAGGCCCUGCCCGGUAUGGGGGAAUCUGGACCUGGGGCCAGGCUGGAUGUGAGCCUUGCUGUGUCCCCACGGGAACCAGAGUCCUCGGUAGAUGGCCCUGGCUACUUCUCAGGGGAGCACCCCCCAGGCCCUGGCCGGACCCCCAAGAAGAAGAGAGUCCGGUUCUCCAUGGCCUCGCUGGAAGAGCCUGAGCCGGGGGAAGCCCUGGGCCCACCCUCACCAGCCAGAGCGGCACCGGGGGCCCGGGCGGCGCCAGGGGCCUGGGAUGCUGUGGCAGUCAGGCCCCGGCCACCCCAGCCUCGGAUCCUCAAACACCUACCUCCCCCGACCCCCUCCACUUCGGGGGACCCCCGAUCGGGAAGCUUUGCCCUGACGCUCCCUGAGGCCUACGAGUUUCUCUUCUGUGAUACCAUCGAGGAGGAGGAAGAGGAAGAUGAGGAGGGGGCCAUGGGUCAGGUCCCCGAGGACAUGCAGUGGCCUGACGUCUGUGAGUUUUUCUUCCGGGACAGUGGGCCCCAGAGGCCCAGGUCACGUGAGAGCCAUGUCCUAGCCCCCAGCCAGCCAGCCGAACCUGUGCCAGCCCUUCCACCUGGAGACCCUGUGCCCAUCUCCCUCCCUGAGGCCUACGAGCACUUCUUCGGGGAAGAGGGCUUUGACCGAGUGUUGGAGCUGGUACCCCCACCUGGGCCUCAUGGGGCCACCACACAGGAGCUGAGCCUGGCCCUGAGCCUGGCGGGCAGGCGGGCAGGGGAGCCUCGAGGGCCAAGCUCUGUGUUCACCUUCAGCCAGAGAGACAUGUGCUUGGUGUUUGUGGCCUUUGCCACCUGGGCUGUGAGGACAUCCGACCUGCACACCCCAGAUGCCUGGAAAACAGUCUUGUUGGCCAACCUUGGCACUAUCUCCGCCAUCCGGUACUUCCGUCGCCAAGCCAGAAGGGGACAUCCCAGCCCCAGCCCCAGCCCCAGCCGCAGCCGCAGCCCCAGCCCCUAAGAGUCUGGUCCUGUCCAGAAAGACAGCAGGACCAGGAGCCGACGGCCUGGGUGAUGGCUCUGUCCUUUGGACCUUGGUCCAGGCAAGGGCUGGUAUCCUGAGCUGGAGUUCCCAGUCCCCCGGCGCCACCAGAGGGUCCAGUGAGUGGACCCAAGGACCAGGUCCCCCACUGGCUGCCUGAGGGGUGGGGCUCUGGAGAAUGCAAUGAGUAGGGGGUGGACAGCUGAUUCAGCUAGGGACAUGGAGGGGGCCAUGGGACGUCGGGUUCCGGCAUGCAUUGGUGAGUGUCCUUAGAUGAGACAGGGGCAUCAUCUAAGGUUGGCUGUACCCUGCCUGGUGACCCUAAGCCGAAAGGGCAGGAUGGGGUCAGAGCAGCAGCAAGGAGUGGUGGUGGGGCAGGUGUGUGUGGCAGGGGAGGAGUUGUGCAGCUAUGGCUACGAACGAGGCAGGGGGGGUCCUGUUUCCAAGGCCUCUCUGAGCCCCAGGGGCUGUGGGCCAGGCUGAGUCUGAGGCUGAGACAGGGAGCAGGGUCCUGGGGAAGAGAGAUGGCCGGCAGCCCCUGCAGGGCAGAGGUCUAUAAUACACAGCCAUGACCGGACUCUGGGGGUCCCUGAAGAGCAGGCACAGAGGCAAGCACAGGAAGGGCAUCAAGCAGGGACUGGGCACCUGGGUGGUCCCAGAGCUCCUGGGUGGCAUUGAAGUGGCUAGAGGCUGAGGGCAGGGCACCGUAGGGGGGCAGGUGCAGGGGAGGGCUUGAGGGGGGGUGGCACAAGGCUCCAUGGACUUGGGGUCUGAAAGACGGCCGUCGAGAGGGGAACAGGAGGACACAGAGAACCAAUAAAAUCUCCUUUGUUUCCUG